UUACACUUUCCUGCUUCCCCAAUUCUUAAUAUAUCUUCAAUUCCCCCAAUUCAAAAUUCCAUCUAGAUAGCCCUUCCUUUCUGCCAAACCUCAUCUAAUACUACAGAUUAAAUCAACCAUUCUCGCAUCUCUCAUCCUGUAUUAAGAGCAGAACAAUGAGCACCGAGCUCCCACCAACCCCGCCAUGUCUUGCCUGGAACCACAGAAUCCCCAACCCAUUCGGGUACCAACCAUCACUUCCAGCAGCCAUCAUCUUUUCCACAAUCUUCCUCGGCGUAUUGGUCACACAUAGCUACCAAGCCUAUCAUUUCCGAAAGCUCUGGCUCAUCACAUUUGUGCUAGGUACCCUCGGCGAGCUGUCGGGUUGGGUGUCGCGCAUUGGUUCCCAUGCAUGUCCUUACUCAGUUCAGUCGUUCGAAGCCCAGCUUGCAUCCCUGAUUAUGGCUCCUGCCUUCACGACUGCUGGAAUUUAUUCUAUCUUAGCUCUGAUGAUCCCAGUCAUUGGCUACAACACAUCACCUCUGAAACCCAGGCUCUACUUGAUUAUCUUUCUGACCGUGGAUUUCUUCUCUCUGCUCCUGCAGGGUAUUGGUGGUGGUAUGGCUGGCGCUGCCUUUAGCAAAAAACAGGAUACGACGACGGCUACUACUAUUAUGGUCACUGGCAUAAUCUUCCAACUAGGCUCGACUUGUGUGUUUGCGACUCUCUACGAGCUCGUGCUUUACCGCGGUAGGAACGUGCUUCUGAGGAACCGACCUCUGCUGAUAUUGUCGUCUGCGACCCUCCUGUCGGUGACUUGCAUGGUGAUACGUGGCAUAUACCGGUCUAUGGAGCUACUCCAGGGUUGGAGAGGCUAUGUGGCAACAAACGAGAGAUUUGCAAUUGCCUUGGAAGGGAGCUUGAUGGCUAUCUCCCUUGUUAGCUUCAAUUUCUUCAACCCUGAGCGAUUAAUCAGGGAGGCAAGGGUGGUUGCUGCUGAGAAUGAGAAUCAGGGUUUUUUGACGAUGGAACUCGAUAGAAGAGACAAAGCCCGGAAGUCGAGAGGUGACACAACGGGCGUGGUUGGAGAAGUCGGUGGUAUAGACGAACUUAGUUGACGGGCCGAGCUCUCGGAUGUGAGAAGCCAGAGCAGACCGAGGAUCAAGGAACCCCUGUGUAUAAUUUUGUAAGAAAAACU